GGACAUUCAAAUGUCUGAUUCUCGAAUCAAAACACGUUUUCUACGCCAGGAAACUAGCACAUGCUAGCUACGUUUUGAAUCGUAGUACCUUCAUUUUGGCAACUCGUUUGUUUACAAGAGAAUGUCGUCAAAUGUUGCGGUGGCUAUUGCCCCUGUGGCACCCACUGAGUCGGACCCAGAGCGGUGUGAAGGUGAGGAAGAGGUGCGGGGCAACGAAGCCGAAGUAGACAACAACCAUCAAACUGGGCCCGUUGUAGCAGCCCCCCAGAACCGUCUGGCAAAGUUACCGCUAUCCCGCAUUAAGGCAUUGAUGAAAGCAGACCCAGACGUGUCACUCGCCAGUCAAGAGUCAGUGUUCAUCAUCGCUAAAGCCACAGAACUCUUUGUUGAGAUGAUUGCCAAAGAUGCUCUGGUAUACGCCCAGCAAGGAAAAAGAAAAACAUUGCAAAGGAAAGAUUUAGACAACGCAAUAGAGGCCAUUGAUGAGUUUGCUUUUCUAGAAGGAACUCUAGAUGCCUAGACACACUCAGGAGACAACAAGCUGUUGAAGGAUCAGAGGCAUUCUGCAUCAUACUACAUGCAUUUGGAAAAGGCUGAUCACUGUUGCUUUUGUUUUUAGUAAUUUCCAUGAGUUGAAAGCUGGGCUGGGUGAUAUAUUGUAGUUUACAAACUGUCUGCUUUGAAUCAUAUUAGGCGGGGCACAUUGGCCAUAAUGCUACACCACCUUGUGCCUUGCUGAAAGGUUUUGGUAGGUAUACACAUGGUAUGACUUUUAACCAUACCUCUUAUAAUGUUGAUACUGUCCUGGGUUCAAUAAAUUGCACGUUUUGAUAAUUGGGCUAUUUCACUGUCAGUUUAGUAUUAGUUUUGAUUGAACAUAAAACAUUCAAAAUGGGCAAACAGUAUGCUUCUAAUUGCUUUUAAUGCUCUAUUUCAAACUUUAAUAUUGUCAAAUAAGACUACUGUCAAAAAGAAAAGUUUUCAUAUUUUUAAUUACUUUCCUUUAAUUUCAGUUGCUGAAAUCAGACCUUUUCUGGAUCUUUAGUCCAAGUAACCAAAGAUCUGGAGCUUCUGAAACCUCUGCACAUGUGUGUAACCCUUUCAACAGCCUGUGCCACUAGGCUAAAUGCAUACGUGGGCUUUACUCUACAGGUUAACACAAUUGGUCCAUAAUGGAUAUAUUCAUGAUUUGAAAGUAAUACAUAAAGAUGCAGAAUGGGAAAAGUAGGUACAUUUUGAAGAAUUAUGAUUCACUAUCUGGCGGUGGUUUCCCCUUUUUUUUUUGUAUCACCCAGCCCUACCUGGAAUUUGAACAUUUGAAAAGGUUUUGGUACUUGUUUUAAGGUAUUCACUUCCUAAACAUUUAUACCCUUUAAUGAAAUCAGUGACCAUAUUUCCAUAGUCUUGUAUGCAAGGCCUCUGCUAUUUUAUAUUUGUAUAUAAUGUGAAAUGUUAUGCUGUAAAAGAAUCCUACGAAAGUGUAUAAACGUAAUCAUUGUGCAAUUAUUUUCUUUUUUUUUUAUCGAGAAAGCUUUUCUCCCUUCAAAAGUAUGUCAAUGAUCCAUCCAUCUAUCAGUAUAUAAUCCAGUUGUUUUGGUCACAUACACACUGUCAGUUGCCAAUAUCAGGAACAUGUCAACUUUCCAUUUUAAUUAAAGAAUGUGAAAUGAAGCCAAAAUGAUUUAAAACCUAAGCAGUCGCAAAGGUUUGUCCAUCUUCUGCCGUCUGUGUGAUGAGUUUGGGCAAUACCGGUCCAAACGACUAUUUCUCUGUAGGCGUGCAGCUUAGACUGUAUUUAUGCAUCAUUCCAUUAUAUCCUGUUUGUUUUGCUGUUUUGUAGAAUCUAUUGAGCCAGAGAUAGACUUGAGCUGCAUGUCCAUAGUAAAAAAAAAACAUAAUAUGAGAGAUUAGAAUGGCUCACGCCAGCACAGACACACACAUACCAGGGAAAAUGGCUGUCCUGGUGGUCUGAAGCUAUGGCAACUUCAAAUUAACUUCAGUAAAUCAAGAUUGGAUGAAAAAUACACAACAUUUCAUGCACUUCUUGUGCAUUCCUGAAUAGAUUCAGCUUUUGUUUUUUAACUGGAUUGUGUGUUGAAAGCAUUUUAGCCCAAAUCCAUGAUAUUGUCAUAGAACAAUAUAAUUCAUUCUCACUUU